GCGAUUGUUUACUAAUUUAUCUACCUUUCAUUCAUUUAUUUGAAUAAGGAAGACCUACUACGUCUUACUGAGUAGUAGGCUACAAUAAGGUUCAAAUUAUCAGACCAUCCGUCCACUCGAAACAGUCGAUGGCGCUUUCGUUCGCCGAAAGCCUGAGUAGCACAGCUGAGGCCCACGGCUCGCCCCUAGACGCCAUCUCACUACCUGUCCAGUUCUUAAAGCCGAAGAGCGCAUCAGAUUGCUUAAUUAUCAAAACAGUUAUAUUGUAGAGGUGACAAAUUUAUCUCGUCUACCCAACCUCAUUUUUCUUGAUCUAUAUAACAAUCGCAUCGAAAAACUAUCUCGUGAUCUUGAGUGUGUACCAACGCUUAGGGUGUUGAUGCUCGGCAAAAAUCGUAUAAAGCACAUCUCAAACCUUAGUAAGCUGAUAAAGCUUGAUGUGCUAGACCUUCAUUCGAAUACCAUCGCAAAAGUCGAGCAACUUGAUGCCUUAUCGGAGUUGCGGGUAUUGAACCUUGCCGGCAAUAAGCUAACAGAGCUAGACGGGCUCAGCGGUUUGCAGUCUCUAACUGAACUCAAUGUUCGGCGUAACUAUAUAGAUAAGAUUGGGUCCCUGCAACAGGUCCAAUCGCUUCAGCGCCUCUUCUUGAGCAACAAUAAAAUCCACUCGUUAGACGCAAUUGAUUGCUUCUUUCAUUUACGACACUUGAUGGAGCUAAGCCUGGACGGCAAUCCAAUUGCGUUGAAAGACCCUACUGCCUAUCGGCGAUUUGCUGUUGAUCGCCUGAAGACUUUGCGUCAUCUUGAUCUGAAAAAGAUUACGGAUGCGGAAAGUCGUGCUGUGGCAGUUCACUCUCAAAGAAUGAAUGCGCAAAAACGAGCCGCAGAGCGGCACGAAUUAGUUGAUAUUGAGCGAAAAAAGCUCGAGGCAGACCACUGCGCCGCGUCGACGAAUGCAUCGCGACUGCUUGCUGCGCAGAGGCUGCAGUGAGGGCUGGUGCUGUGCGCUGUGUAGCGCGCUCACGGCUCUCGUCCCGUUUCGCAGCAAUACUGAGAUGUCAAAUAUAAUUUCUGCGCGCAAUGGUUGCAUGGUAGUGGAGCGCCCGCGCAAAGUGGCUUGCUU